UUGCCAGUUCGUGCCGAAGGGAUCGGGCGGCUGUCCGGGCAAGGGCAAGGGCAGGCCUGGGGGCGGGAAGGAGGGUCCGACGUAGCCGUAGCCGUAGCCGUGUCCUCCUCCGUGGACGACUUGGUGCGGUGGGGCGUAGUAGGGUCCCGGGGCACCGUAUCCCAGCGGCGGGUGGACCGGGUGCGAGGGUCCGGCGUAGCUCGAGGGCCCAGCGUACGGCGGCAGCGGCGAGCCAAAGUACGACGUCGCCUCCUCCUGCGUGCCGUCGAACGUCGGCCGGCCCAGGGUAUUGGGCAUGGGAUUGGCGAUGCGAUAUCCCAUCCACUGAGGCGGCGGCAGCGCUUGCUGGUGCUGCUGAUGGUGGUUGUGCGCGCCGUGGUUGGCGUAGUGGCCGUGGUUGACGUAGUGGCCGUUGACGUACAGGCCAUUGUACGUCACAUUGCUGCUGUAGACGGCAUUAUCAUAUCUUGCCUCCGCCAGCGCGACUUCCUCCUCCUGCUGGGCCGCGGCCGCGACCAUCUCGGGCCGCAGCUCCUCGUCUCUGUGGGGGAAGUUGCAGUUUUCUCUGCCAUAGGUGCAGCGGCCCUCGAGGAAGUGGCGGCAGGUGGACCGUUUAUCCCUUGGUCUGCGGUUGGGCUUCUUUCCCUUGAAGGACUUCUUGUCCUCGCGAUUGUUGUUGUGUUCCAUUGUGAGUGGCAUGAAUGGUGUGCAAGGGGAGAGCAAGAAAGGAAAACUGGGCAGGCAACUGGUGACUGACUGACUGGCCUGCUUGCGAGAAUGGGAAGGAAUUAGAGGGAUGAGAGGAACUCUAUUAUGGGUUAUGGAAAGAGAUACCGGAGAUGGGGGGUAUUUCUACUGGGGACCUUGCGGCGCUGGCGGCGUGGGUUACUGUGGUGAAUGUGUAUCGGAGAUGGGAUAGAAAGGAAGGAUGGGCGGGUUAGUGGAUCACUUUGUAUCGGAAAUAGCUUCACUGCAGUGCAGUACAUCGGAGGUGAGUUUGGGAUGAGUCUCAUAGACAGGAGAUAAGUUGCUGCCACAGACUCACGAACCGUCCUUGGGUCAAGGCGAUUGUGGUUUGAUCUUUCGUCUAGAAUGGUUCGCCUCAAUCACACUCAUAUUUUAUAGUGACUCUACGGAGUGAAAUCACGAGG